AUGGCCACUCAAGAAGAACUUGAGCAACAUGAUAAGGAGAAGCUGGAUAAGCAACCUCCUCCAUUCCCUCUGACUGAAAGGGACAAAUGGCUCCUUUCUAUCUCCGAUGAUGAGUUCACACCUCAUUCCUGGGACAAUCUGAAGCAAAUCAUAGAAACGAACACGCUCGAAGAACUCCUCCGCAAGCCUUCGUCCCUUCGCCGCUACCUCUCCUGGUCGCAAACCAUAAAAACACAAUACGGCAGCACGACCGCCUACCUAAUCCAGCACCGUCUCCCCUGGGGUCCUCCUCCCUUCACCUACACGUCCCCCAUCCCCUUCCGUUGCCACUCAGACUAUAAGAUCCUGCUGAACGAUUGGCCGUACGGUGUUGAGGACGAUAUUACGCAUAUUGUGGUCUGGAGCAAGACGCCGAUUGCAACCAAUGAGGCCGGUGAUGUGACGGAGGAGAGUAGGGGUGUUAUUGAGGGGUUUGUGGGGAGUGUUUUUGCGGAGAGGGUGGGGAGGGAGAAGGGGAGCGUGGUUUGGUUUAAGAAUUGGGCGCAGUUGCAGAGUGUGAGGGCGUUGGAGCAUAUUCAUGUUUUAGUGAGGAAUGCUACGAAAGAGGAUUUAGAGUUUUGGACUGGGGAGAAGGUAUAG